GCGCGGGCCGGGCGCGUCGGGCAGCGUAUGGUGCAUGCGCGGGGCCGCCGUGAAGUGCGGCGGGGCCAUGGACUGGAAGCAGAGCCUGAGGAACCGCCUGGCAGCGCGCCGCACCCCCAGAAAGAGUGAACAGGAGCUGAAAGAUGAAGAGAUGGAGUUGUUCACAAAGUAUUACAUGGAAUGGAAAGGAGGAAGAGCUAACGUCAACACGUCAUAUGCAAACAUACCACGAUUUUAUUACAGGCUGCCAGCUGAAGAUGAAGUCUUGCUUCAGAAGUUAAGAGAAGAAUCUAGGGCAGUCUUUCUGCAAAGAAAAAGUAGAGAGCUAUUGGAUAAUGAAGAGCUUCAGAAUCUAUGGUUUCUACUGGACAAACAUCAGACGUCACCAAUGAUUGGGGAAGAAGCGAUGAUUAAUUAUGAGAACUUCUUGAAAGUUGGUGAAAAAGCUGGACCUAAAUGCAAGCAGUUCUUCACAGCAAAGAUUUUUGCUAAAUUACUCCAUAAUGACCCUUAUGGGAGGAUAUCUAUAAUGCAGUUUUUCAAUUAUGUCAUGCGAAAAGUGUGGCUUCAUCAGACAAGAAUAGGUCUCAGUUUAUAUGAUGUGGCAGGACAGGGCUACCUCAGAGAAUCAGAUUUAGAAAACUACAUUUUAGAACUCAUUCCUACUUUGCCACAACUGGAUGGCUUAGAAAAAUCUUUCUACUCCUUCUACGUCUGCACAGCAGUUAGGAAGUUUUUCUUCUUUCUGGAUCCUCUCAGAACAGGGAAGAUAAAGAUACAGGACAUCUUAGCUUGCAGUUUCCUGGAUGACUUACUGGAGUUAAGGGAUGAAGAACUUUCUAAAGAAAGUCAGGAAACAAAUUGGUUUUCUGCUCCUUCUGCACUAAGAGUUUAUGGACAGUACUUAAACCUUGAUAAAGAUCACAAUGGCAUGCUCAGUAAAGAAGAGCUCUCCCGAUAUGGAACAGGGACCCUCACCAACAUAUUUCUGGACCGUGUCUUUCAGGAGUGCUUAACUUAUGAUGGAGAAAUGGACUAUAAAACCUACCUGGACUUUGUACUUGCAUUAGAAAACAGAAAGGAGCCUGCAGCUCUGCAAUAUAUUUUCAAACUGCUCGACAUUGAGAACAAAGGAUACCUGAAUGUCUUUUCCCUUAAUUAUUUCUUUAGGGCUAUUCAGGAACAAAUGAAAAUCCAUGGACAAGAACCAGUUUCUUUUCAGGAUGUCAAGGAUGAGAUCUUUGAUAUGGUAAAGCCUAAAGAUCCUUACAGAAUCUCCCUUCAAGAUUUAAUCAAUAGCAGUCAAGGAGACACUGUUACCAGUAUUCUAAUCGAUCUGAAUGGGUUCUGGACAUAUGAGAACAGAGAGGUCCUUGUGGCAAAUGAUAACGACAGCGUUGCUGAUGCUGAUGAUACGUGACUUUCAACAGGAGUAAACUGCAUCUAUUGAGAUCUCUCUUAACUGAUGCAUUCAUUAACUAUUGGAUGCUGGGAACAUUAUUUAAAUUGAUGCCUCUUCCAUUUUUACUGCCCUCCCAUCUUCAUCUUCCUCAGGCAUGUAAGAUAAAACUCAGUAUGUAAAAAUUAGUUCUGCAGAUUCUGUGAAGUGAAAAGAGCAGGUCUUGUUUAAGAGGUAACUACGAUCUGUUGUGGUUUUGGUUUUGCUUUUCAAAUAAAUGUUUUCAAUUUUUUUCCUUA